UCCAAUCGGCCAUUUCGUCGGUUCAGGCCACAACCGUAAAGGGCAACGGGGCACUCCGCAACAUACUGGUUAUCUGAAAGGCACAUCAAGAACAUCGCAUCAUGAAUGAGACAGCUAUCUCUUUUGCCAAGGACUUCUUGGCCGGUGGCAUCUCCGCCGCCAUCUCCAAAACAGCCGUCGCACCUAUUGAAAGAGUGAAGCUUCUCCUUCAGGUGCAACAUGCCAGCAAGCAGAUCACAGCAGAUAUGCAGUAUAAGGGAAUUAUGGACUGCGUCGUCCGUAUCCCCAAGGAGCAGGGCUUCCUUUCCUUCUGGAGAGGUAACCUUGCCAAUGUCAUCAGGUAUUUCCCCACCCAGGCCCUCAACUUCGCCUUCAAGGACAAGUACAAGAAGAUCUUCCUGGAUGGCGUGGACAAGCGCGCCCAAUUCUGGAGGUAUUUUGCCGGAAACCUGGCGUCGGGCGGCGCUGCCGGAGCCACCUCCCUGUGCUUCGUGUACCCCCUCGACUUCGCCCGUACCCGUCUGGCCGCUGAUGUCGGAAAGGCCGGCGCUGCGAGAGAGUUCAAUGGUCUGGGCGACUGCCUGGUCAAGAUCACCAAGUCCGACGGUAUUCGUGGCUUGUAUCAGGGCUUCAACGUGUCCGUGCAGGGUAUCAUCAUCUACAGGGCCGCUUACUUUGGCAUCUAUGACACCGCUAAGGGCAUGUUGCCUGACGCCAAGAACACUAGCAUCUUGGUGAGCUGGAUGAUUGCCCAGAGUGUGACAGCCGUUGCCGGCCUGACCUCCUACCCCUUUGACACUGUCCGUAGACGCAUGAUGAUGCAGUCUGGACGCAAAGGAGCUGACAUCAUGUACAGCGGCACUAUCGACUGCUGGCGUAAGAUCGCUCGCGAUGAGGGCGGCAAGGCCUUCUUCAAGGGUGCGUGGUCCAACGUGCUGCGAGGCAUGGGCGGCGCCUUCGUGCUGGUGUUGUACGAUGAGCUGAAGAAGGUCAUCUAAAAAAAUGUCAUGUUGUCACCUCACUGUCCAAUUUGGCUAAAUGUAAUAACUUUCCAUUUCUUAUGGACUCAGCAUUCUGCCUUAUUUAUGGGAACAAAACUAUAGUGUCCUCUCCACUUAGCUGUGGGUAAUGGCUGUAAGUUGUGCAUCUUGAUUUUAAACGUUCCGCACCACCCUCUUUACCAGUGUCAUUCCGCAACAAGUAUGGUACCUCCUGUCAUUCACUAGGUUUGUAUAGUCCCAAAUUGAAUAAAUCCAUUCUGGGGAACAAACUUCACAAAUGAUGUUCACUUUCUUCCUCCACUGUUGUAGCAUGAGUACACUGGAUCAUGAAAAAGUGGAUUACACCCAACUGCUAUAUUUACGCGUGCUUAACUCCCCUUGAGCCUUCCCUUAAGUGGUCACUGCUAGGCUUACUGCUAGAUACAGUACAGUAGAACCUUGUAACUUAUUUCUUUAUUUUGAAACUGUUCAACAAAAACACAUGGUUGUAAGCAGGCAAGAUUUAUUCUAGCUUUUUGUUUUGGCAGAAACUUCACAAAAAUCAGCAGUGUCAAUUUGGUUAACUGUAAGUUCCACCAGUAAAUGAUUUACCUUAUUUUACAUGUCAGUGGUUUAUUGGAACAUUAAAGUCAAGUUUCUCAUACAAA